AUGGCUCCUCCAGACGUUUUGAUGGUAGGAACAGGAGAAUACACCACCGGCUUCGUGGGUGGUGGUCCAUCCAGUUCAGACAAGAAAGUCGGCGUCGUGGGCCUGACAUUGUUCGAUUUGCGGAGGAGAGGUAAAGUAGGCAACUUGAGCAUGGUGGGCGUGUCCGGUUCCAAGUUUCCGGCUAUCAAAGAAUAUCUCCUCCAAAACAUCUCUCACGUCUACAACAACCUCGACGUCUCCUUCCAAUCCUUCCCAGCAGACGACCAAGUCGACCCAACGGCCUAUAAAACCGCCGUCGAUGCCCUUCCUCCUGGCUCCGCAAUUACAAUCUUCACCCCAGAUUCCACCCACUACCCCAUAGCCCUCUACGCCAUCCAACGCAAAAUCCAUGUCCUCAUUACCAAGCCCGCCACAAAGCUACUCACAGACCAUCUCCACCUGCUCUCCGAAGCACGCAAACAUGGCGUCUUCGUCUUCAUCGAGCAUCACAAGCGCUUCGACCCAGCCUAUUCGGAUGCGCGUGCCAAAGCCCGCACGCUAGGCGACUUCAACUACUUCUACAGUUACAUGAGCCAGCCAAAGAGCCAGCUGGAAACGUUCAAGGCCUGGGCGGGCCGCGAUAGUGACAUCUCGUAUUAUUUGAAUUCGCACCACGUGGAUAUCAGCGAGAGUAUGGCGCCGGAUUAUACGCCGGUGAAGGUGACGGCGAUGGCGUCUAAGGGGGUCGCGGUGGAGUUAGGUUGUGCGCCAGAGACGGAGGAUACGAUUACGUUGCUGGUCGAAUGGAAGAAGAAGAAUGAGCCGGGAAAGAUUGCCACAGGGGUUUAUACGGCGAGCUGGACGGCACCGCAGAGUGCCGGGGUGCAUUCGAAUCAGUAUUUUCAAUGGAUGGGCUCGAAGGGUGAAAUCCGCAUCGACCAGGCCAAGCGCGGCUAUGAUGUAACAGAUGACAACAAGGGGAAUAUUGCCUGGAUAAAUCCAUUUUACAUGCGGUAUGCCCCCGACGAAGAAGGCAACUUCGGUGGUCAGACGGGCUACGGCUAUAUCAGCAUCGAGAAAUUUAUCGACGCCGUAAAUGCCCUGAACGAGGGACGUGUGACGCUCGAUGAGCUAGAUGAGCGAGGCCUACCGACGCUUAAGAAUACGAUCGCCACUACUGCAAUUCUGAAUGCGGGGAGAGUGUCGCUGGAUGAGGCCCGCACCGUAGAGAUUGAGAGGUUCGGUGGCGACUGGCGGUUGAAGUGA